CUGACGUCAGGACAGAUGUUCGCUCGCUUUGCUUAUUGGCUGCGGAACGCCCCGCUCCCCUUCGGAGCUGAACUGCUCCCCCCCAUCCCGCCUCCUCGGUGUCUGUUGUGUUUGUGGGGCGAGCGAGAGGAAGCGCGCGUGCGCCGACAGCCCCAGGCAGGGAGGCUGCGCAGGCGCGCUGAGGGAGGGGGAGAGGAAAAGGUAGAGCAGCGGCAGCGGCAGCGAGCGCCGGUGACCGCAGCUUGUGGAGCAGCGGCGCGAGCAGAACACCGCCCAGCAGUCCUGCAUCCAGGAGUGGAAGGGUCCCAUUCUACAAUGAUGAAUGCUGACAUGGAUGCGGUUGAGGCUGAAAAUCAGGUGGAACUGGAAGAAAAAACACGACUUAUUAAUCAGGUUUUGGAACUGCAGCACACACUCGAAGAUCUGUCAGCACGAGUAGAUGCUGUGAAAGAAGAAAACCUGAAACUGAAAUCAGAAAAUCAAGUUCUUGGACAAUAUAUAGAAAAUCUCAUGUCUGCAUCUAGUGUUUUCCAGACAACUGACACAAAAAGCAAACGAAAGUAAGGGGUUGAUUCCUAGAUUACAUCGUUGUAGUGCUGCUUUUUCUGUUUUAAUUGAAAUACUUAGUUUGUCGCUUUGCUGGAUAUUUGAAGAUUAAUGGCAAUUAUAGACAGACUUAAGAACACUCUCAGACAACUGGAACCAUGGUUGUGUACUAUUAGCCUUUAAGCAAUGUGCAAAUGUAACAGACUAACUAGACUUGCAUAUUUGUUUCUAAAAUCAACAAUGGCAUGUCUUGUGAAAACUGGAUUCAGUUUGUCAGGUUCAGUAAAUACAUUUGACAGUCAACUACUUUGAAGAUUUUAGAAUAGUGUCUUGAUUAGCAGAAAAAUACAGUGUUUGUAAAACAGGGUUGAAACCUUUCUUUCAAUGAUUACAAACCUAUUUUGCACCACCUCUUCGGUUGAAAAAUAAUGUUUAGGUAUGUGUAGAACACUGUCAUUACCCCUUGACCAGUGAUAUAAAAAAAUACUUAACAGGUUAAGGAUUUUCAUGAACAAGUAGAGAUGGGACUACACUCUGCAGGGUUUUAAUGAUUUGCUUGUUCUUGACAAACUGAAGAUAAAAUUCUGUAAAGAUUUUUUUAUGGAAUGCUGAAUUACUGUGACUGUUUACAACUGGUAUACCUUGCACACUUCAAACCAGUUUUUCCCUCCCAACUGCCAGCACUCCAAAAAUGGCAGAUUGCAUUAUCUUUAAAAAAGCAGGUUUUCAGUUACAUAUUAGUGAUCAUGAAAUAGCUUGAAUUGUAGUCUUGAUAGAAACAAUAGCCUUCAAACAGCUAUUCAUCCUACUUUGAAGAAUUUGCACUGAGGAACUGAAGAUUAUAUCUUCAGGGUCUGUUUUUCCCCCCCUUUCUGCUGCUUGUUCCCUUUUUCUGGCAUGAGAACAUAUGCUGUACCUAUUGAGGCACAGCAACAGCACAAAAGAUAUAGUCCAGGAAGGGUGUUGGAACAAAUGACUUCAGAGCCACAUUGCCUCUUUCUGGGCUGGUGCAGGCCCCAGCCUAAAAGAGUAAGGCUAGGGAAUCCUGUAACUACCAGUUAUGCUCCCUGACUACUACUGAGCUCAUAUUCAGCCUAGAAUUGCUACAGUGCAAAACACUGGCUACGCUACCCUCUCCUCCUGCACCAGUCCUGAGGUGGUUUAGGGGAAUACACCUCACACAGGCACUGUCCUAGGCUUUGUUUACACUGGAAAUGUAGCUCAGUGUAUGUAGAUACUACUUCUUCUAAUAUCAGGUUUUUUUCCUGUUGGCAUAACACCAUUCCCUUGAAUGACAUUAGCUAUCUCAAUAUAACUAUUCAUGUAAGCAUAGAUGCUUCUAUUAGGGAUGUUAAUAGAAGCAUCUUUGAUUGCAUCGACUAUUUGACUAGUCAAAUUUACCUAGACUAUUUUAUUAGUUGAUAAGGGCACCUCCAUCUUUGAAAUAGGCCCAUGGCUGUUGUUACACUUCAAAGGCAAAAGCGCUGCAGGGAACACAGGGCCAGCAGGGAACUCAUGUAGUCCCCCACUGGCCCCGUGCUCUCUGCAGCAUUUAUAAGCAGCAGUGUCACAUGGAGCCUGGUGUCAGCUGGGGACUCCUCCGUGUAGCCUAGGCUCUGUGCAGUGCUGCCGCUUUGAAACACUGCAGAGAGCCCAGCAUCAGGCUUCACGCAGUGUUUCAAAGUGGCAGUGCCGCACAGAGCCCAGGGUUAGCGGGGGAGUCCCCAGUUGAUUUUGGACUCAGUGUGAUGCUGCUGCUUUGAAGCAUCUCCUGUUUCUCUUCCCUCCCUCCCAACCUUGUUGCCUCUCUCUGAUAUAGGCAGCAAGUGGGGGGAGGAGAGGGAGGAAGUGACUAGUUGACUCAACUUUCACAUCCCUAGCUUCUGUAUUGGGGGCUUUGCCAGCAUAGCUAGGUUGUUUUUUCACACCCUUAAUUAUUGGCUAUAUUGACAAAUUUUUGUAGUGUAGACAUGUCCCUUAAUGCCCCAGUGCCACUGGAGCAGUGUGCAGGUGCCAAAAGCUAGCUGUUUCAUACAUAAUUUGAUGCCUGACCAACCUCAUUAUACUGAUUUCUAUUGCCAUAGGUAGCAACUUCCAGUUCCUGCACUAAUACAUUUCCAUCUGUUCAGAAAGAGGCAGAAAUUGGUAGUUAUCUAUGUCUGGGAUGUUUUUUGGCUACGCUAGUAGUUGAAUGCGGUGGACUGGUUUAUGUGACCUUUCAGCAACUGUUCAAUAUGCUAGUGUAGAUGUGUUAAAUGAUCUGCUGUUACUGGGAUUGGGGCUGUAACAAAGGUCAGUAAAGUCUUUACAAAUGUUUCUAGUAUACUUCAGUAUUAAUAGUGAAAAAGCAAAGUACAUGGCAGUAAGAUUUCAUUUAUCAGUAUUGAAAGUUACACAUCUCUCCCAACUGUCUCUAUCAAGCUAGUUGAUGUGCUGUGGUUUUAUAAAUGUUAAUUAAAACAUCUUUUCAGUAAUGGAAAUCUUUUUCCAUGUUAAGAAGUAAAUUUGUGCUUAAGGCUGUAUUUCAUCACUUCUGUGAUAAGUCUGUAAAAUAAAAAAUUGUUUUGGUGAGUGGGUACAUCCAUAAAGAGUUAAACCAGUCUCAGAUGGCUUUCUUGACAGCUAAAAAUCAAUAACAGCAGAGUGAUGACAUACAAGGCCACAUCCAUGCAAGGAAGAAUGUUCAGGCCUUUGUCUCUUCCCCCACUGUUAAAAAAAAA